UCUCGUUAUCAUAUCUGACGGCGAGGGGCGCGGGCGAGAGGCGGAGCCCCGGCUCACCCCGCCCACCGGCGCCACGCCCGCGAGCCUCGCCGCCCCGACACAUAUCAUUAGCAUUUAGCACUAUCGAACAUGCCGCGGCCACCGCGCGAUUCCUACGGCGAUCAGAAACCUCCGUACUCGUACAUAUCCCUGACGGCGAUGGCGAUCUGGAGCUCCCCGGAGCGCAUGCUGCCGCUGUCGGAGAUCUACCGGUUCAUCACGGACCGCUUCCCGUACUACCGGCGCAACACGCAGCGCUGGCAGAACUCGCUGCGGCACAACCUCUCCUUCAACGACUGCUUCGUGAAGGUGCCGCGCCGCCCGGACCGGCCCGGCAAGGGCGCCUACUGGACGCUGCACCCGCAGGCCUUCGACAUGUUCGAGAACGGCUCGCUGCUCAGGAGGCGCAAGAGGUUCAAGCUGCACACGGAUCAGAAGGACAGCUUCAAGUCGGAGCUGGCGGCGUUGGCUAACUUCAAUCAGCAGUUCCUGGCGGGGCAGCUGAACGUGAGGGUUCCUCCGCUGCAAGUGUUCGAGGCGCCAGUGAUUCCUAGUGCUUGUACAGUGACUGAUACGGAUAAGGACAGUUGGAGGAAGUCGUUCUCCAUAGACAGUUUGUUGAGUAGUGGAGUGGACAGUAAGGCCAGUGGUGAUGUGAUCGCGGAUGCGCGCGCGCCGGUGGCGGCGUACCGGCCAGACUUGUUGGCACUGCAGGCCAUGUGGCCGCCAUUCCUGCCGCCAUCGCCACUUGAGCAUCUUCAGUUAAGACUUAACUUUCAAAAUAUUAUCGAUAAUUUUCAUUUUUAUCUCCAACAACCGUUGCACUCUGUGUAACUUAUUAUUUUAAGGUAAUGAUGACUGUAUAAAGUGCAAUAGUUUUAGGUGAUUCAUAGAUAUUAAACCAUAUUUAAUUGUGGUUUUAUAACAAUUGUUGUACCUAAAUAGAUGGUCUGUCUACAAAGAUGUUCAUGUUAUUUUUUCUGAUAUUGAUAUCGGAGUACCUAAUAGGUAAAUUACAGUGAGUGCAUCUUAUCUACAAACGCAUUUGUAUGAUACCUACGUCUGUCUGGCUGAGUGUGCCUAUUUAGGUAUAUGUAAUAAAAUGUUCAAGUGGGUUCCAUCAACGCAAAGAACAGCUCAGGUAGGUACCUAUUUUGCUUUGUUUAAAUUUUCACUGUAGUGCUGUACUUUGUCUUAUUAUAAUUAAAAUCUUACCUAUUAUUAAUUACAUG